UCUCCCCAGCAGCCACACAGUCCACGCUCGUCGCUGCUGCCGCUUGUGCCGCUGCCUCGAUCGCGGGUCAGCUCCGCGCCGCGCCGCGCCGCGCCGCACUGCACCGGGCCUGGCCUGGCCGCCGGCUCGCCGCCUCCCCGUCCUUCUCGGGAAAAGAGUUUCCAGAAGGAGCGAGUGCCCCGCGCGCUGCCCCGGCCCCGGCCUCGGCCUCGGCUCCGGCUGUGCAGCCUCACUCCCACCGCCCUAACCCGUGCUGCAGCCGCCGGGCCCAGGCGGACGGGGAGCGGCUUGGCUCGGCUCCCGGGCCCCAGCUUCGAGAGUAAAAAAAGGCUUUGUGGACGGCGAUGACUGCGGAGGAGAUGAAGGCGGCGGAGAGCAGCGCGCAGUCGGCCCCGUUGCCCGUGGAGGGGGUGGACAUUAGCCCCAAGCGAGACGAGGGCGUGCUGAAGGUGAUCAAGCGCGAGGGGACAGGCACAGAGACUCCCAUGAUUGGUGACAAGGUCACUGUUCACUAUACUGGCUGGCUGCUGGAUGGCACCAAAUUUGACUCCAGCUUGGAUCGCAAGGACAAAUUCUCUUUUGACUUGGGCAAAGGGGAGGUAAUCAAAGCCUGGGACAUCGCUGUGGCCACCAUGAAAAUAGGAGAAGUCUGCCACAUCACCUGCAAACCAGAAUAUGCCUAUGGUUCAUCUGGCAGUCCUCCCAUGAUCCCCCCCAAUGCCACCCUGGUAUUUGAGGUGGAACUCUUUGAUUUUAAAGGAGAGGAUCUUACUGAGGAUGAGGAUGGUGGAAUCAUCCGAAGGAUACGGAGUCGAGGCGAGGGCUACUCCAAGCCCAAUGAGGGAGCUAUAGUGGAAGUUGUGCUAGAGGGUCGCCAUAAAGGCCGGGUCUUUGACCAGCGAGAGUUAAGCUUUGAGAUUGGAGAGGGUGAGAACUAUGAUCUUCCCCCUGGACUAGAAAAGGCGAUUCAGCGCAUGGAGAAGGGAGAGAACUCUAUUGUCUACCUUAAGCCCAGCUAUGGUUUUGGGAUUGCUGGGAAGGAGAAGUUCCAGAUCCCACGGGACGCAGAGCUACAGUAUGAAGUGACACUCAAAAGCUUUGAAAAGGCCAAGGAGUCCUGGGAGAUGAAUGCAGAGGAGAAACUGGAGCAGAGUGCCAUAGUGAAAGAGCGGGGUACCGUGUAUUUCAAGGAGGGCAAGUAUAAGCAAGCCAUGCUUCAGUACAAGAAGAUUGUGUCCUGGCUAGAGUACGAGCUGGGAUUCUCUGAAGAGGAAGGACAGCGUGCCCAGGCUCGGGCGCUGAGGCUGGCUUCCCACCUUAACUUGGCCAUGUGUCACCUCAAACUGCAGACCUACUCUGCCGCUGUGGAGAGCUGCAAUAAGGCCCUGGAGCUGGACACCAACAACGAAAAAGGCCUUUUCCGUCGGGGGGAGGCCUAUCUGGCUGUGAAUGACUUUGAGCUGGCCCGGGAAGACUUCCAGAAGGUCCUCAAACUCUACCCCAGCAACAAGGCUGCCAGGACCCAGCUGACCCUCUGCCAACAGCGGAUCCGUGAGCAGCAUGCCAGGGAGAAGAAGCUGUACGCGAACAUGUUUCAGAGACUGGCUGAGAAGGAGAACAAGCCUGAGGCAGAAGCAGCUGGAGACUUCCCGGCAGACACUGAGAUGAAGGAUGACCAGCAGAAUGGUGUGGAAGUGAGCAAGUCUCAAGUGGAGACAGAAGCAUAGCCAGCCCUCCCACCCCACUCCCAAGGCUGCCUACCUCCCAUGUCCUAGCCUUCCCUGUUAGUUUUGUAAAAAACAAAAAACAAAACAAAAAAAAGACAACCCUGAAGAAUUUUGAGUGAAUUAGACCUUUAUUUUUCUAUCUGGUUGAAUGGUGACUUUGGGGAAGGGAAAAGGAAUAGGUUUGUUGAAGUUGGGUAGGGGAUGUUUUUGGAAAGGUGACCCUUUCUACUCCCCCCAAAAAUAUUAAUUUAUUUUGCUCCUUCUGCAGCCUGAUCUAUUUCCACAUUUGGGAAGGGAGUGGGGCUUAGUCUUAAAGUGGGGUGUAAAGGGAAAACUACAGAACACCCCUUCUUCUCCUCCUCUGUUGGUGGCAGAGGAGUAUAACAAAAACCAAACAAAAACCACUGCUGUUUCCUUGGCUUCUCUUUGUUCCUUUCCUGCUCCUAGACUUUGUGGCAAUUGGUCCUUUCUGGUAUCAUAGUGACCACUGUCGUGUUCCUUCCCAUAAUUUCUUGACCAUGGCAAUGCUGUCUCCCCUUGCCUGUUCUAUGUUGUACCCAUCUGUGCUCCUUUGGUCUCUUAACCUGCACGAUGCUGAAGAUUUUAAGGUUCUCCCAGAUUCCAUGCUUGAGCAAUAAAGUGGAAACAACCAAAGUUUAGGAGUCAAGCUAUGCUUCCUGUUUGGCCCAAGAGGGAAGGAGGGGGUGAAGAAGACCUCUGGGUGGGUGGGAGCAGUCUAAUAGAAUAGGUAAAAAUUAGCAAUUUGUUGGGAAAAGUACAUCUCUGAAGCAAACAGUUUUAUGCUUUGACUCGCCCGAUAAAAUUGGCUGAUGUGCUCUUUGAAGCAAUUUAGCCAGUUUAGUGUAAUUAUAAGCAACUAUUGAGGCCAAACCCAUGGGAGUACAGGCCAUCCGUCAAAAGGUGGUACCUCAUAACAGGAUACUGAGAGCAACUCCAAGUGGUAAUAGAAGUGGGCAGGGAGAAACAGAUGUGGAUGAGGAGAAUAAUUACAGGUUAAGGUUGUAGCUCGGGCAGCAUUCAAUGGGAUCCAGCCUAGUAGCCCAAACAAAUUGUACGAGAGAAGAGAAUUGACACUUGAAGGUCCCCUCACACUCUAGGUUAAUAGCAUUGUCCUUAAGUAAUGUGGUGGCUCCUGGUUACCUUCUAAUAUUUUUUGAGGAGAUUGUAAGCUCUUAGAGGGCAGGGACCAUAUCUGUUUUGAAUUUGGUUUGUAUGGCAAUGCAUAGCUUGGUGCUCAAUAAAAUACUGUUAAACUCUGA